AAUGUUUUUGUGUAUGUAAGGUCAAUUAGUUGCCAUAUGAACAAUAGCACAUGCCCAUUGAACGUCGCCCCAAGCAAUGACUGUGCAAACAGUCACAAGGUUCUGCAGAACUUGUCUUCUUGGCGUCGUUACAGGACGGACAAUAUUCCAACACACCGUUACUGCCUGGCGGUGCUGGGUAGGACUGUGGAGGUAACGAUGGGGUACAAAGUUCUGUUGGCGACAUUCCUUCUGGUCUGUGCGGGCGUGUGUCAAGGCGAUACAACCAGUGAAGACUCAGCGACAGUCUGUACCGGAGAGUGCGCUGAGUUCGAGCUGCUGUGCUCGACCCCAGAGUACGACGUGCGGCGGUACAAGAGCGCCCUCUGGGUGUCCACCACCAUGCCGGACCUGUCCCUCUCCCAGGCCACCGCCAGGGGGCGGAAACGCUUACACGACUACUUCAGGGGUGCAAAUGACAAAAGACUGAAAACGUCGUACACCGCACCCAUGGUGACACAGACCCGGGAGCCUUCUGAGAGUCCCGUUCGUGAAAUCACAGUGUCCAUGCCUCUUCCUAAAAAGGUGACAAAGAGCCCUCCAACUCCAACAGAUUCCAGGGUGGUGAUAGAUCUUGUCCCAGAGACCAUCAUGUACGUGAAGAAGUUUGCAGGACGUUCUCCCAGCGUCGGCUUUAUCGCUGAUCUUGAGGCCAGAAACUUCUUCAAGACCCUGAAGACGAAGAAGGAACCAUUCUAUGGGAAUGACGGCUACUACUACGUCGCUCAGUAUGGCAGUCCAGGCUCGUCCGACCGCAACAUGCACAACGAGAUUUGGGUUUUUGCCAUGAACGAGAGAUCCUACAAGUACCUGGAGUUCAACGACCAAACCGCAGACGGACGGGUACUUCCGAAGUGUCUCCGUGGAGUGGAGACCAUGGUGUGGGAGAAAAUGGACCAGAGCGACAUCCCUCUGUUGACUCGGAAGCAGUGCUCUACAACGUACUGCCAAGCCUCCAAUAAUUGCCCAAAGGCGGAGACAGAGAAAGUGGAGGGUAUUGACGACAUGUCGAUACGGCUGAAGAUCUUCAAGGGAGGAUCCAGGUCAUUUGUCUACACACCUCCCACCUGCCACUAUGACACCGCUAGUCAUGCUUCUCUGGGUCCGUUGGUGGAGUCUCUAAAGGCAUCAGAUGUCUCCUCUUCCGAGAUCAAUCUAAUGGUUACAGUCGUCAUGGAGAAAAGAGAAGAGUUGGAUGGGAAGAAUAGCUGUCAGAAGUUCUUCAAAGUGAAGUUUGUGGCAGGCGGGGCAAAAGGGAGCCGAUCACGAGAGGACGUAGAGAUGAAAGAGGAAGCUGGCUUGCAGAUGCCGAAGACAGUAGAAGCGCUACAUCAGGGAGAGGAUUCUGUUUCAGGAGUAUACUCCAAGUGUUUCGGCGGCAAUGCCUACUACGAGCCGACAACCAUCGCUUCCACGGCAAAGAUGCUCAUGGAACGACUCAAGGACAAGAAGAAGUGUUUCCUGGGUGACCACAUCAGCGUAGUCGAAUACCAUCCACAGUACAGACUGUUUGACCGUCACAAUGAGAUCCACCUUGACGCCGACCCGGACUGCAGUGACCAGGAGGGCCGUCCGGAGUUCACCUUCAACCUCCCGCUGAGUAAAGACUACAGCCGGACUGACAUGAGGCCAUCGUUGGGUGACCAAUGCGACACUCAUCACCAGUGUCCAAACACGACCACCAUCAUGAGACUUGAGAACAACCUGGAGAUGUUUCAGUAUGCACCAGGAAGUUGGUUCCUCUCCAAGAGUCCUACCAAGUCCUGUAGCAUCAGGGAAGCUUUCAACAAGGCGCUGAAUCCCUUUCUGUCAUACCUGAACGGGAAGAAUGAAGGCAACUCCAAAAUUGACAUGAUUAUACCAUUGUAUGGCAAGGUAAAUGCGUUCGCGCAGCCGGGGUCGUGUGAGACGGUCACCACAGUGAGCACAAUGGUACCGGGAAACUUUGCGGAUAACCCGCUCAAGCCCAUCGAGGACACGGUUUCAGUUCAACGUCUUGAGGCAGAGAAAAGAUUUAUCCGGUCACUAUACAAGGGUAAGGUCGGCUCAGGUGAACUGGAACGGCACCUGAUUGGUCUGAUUGUCGACGUGGGUAACCUCAAGCCAUUUGGAUUGGAGUACAAUCCCCAAAAUAUGUGGCUUGCUACCUAUGGCGACGCACGCACACGGGAAGAACUCUUAGAAGUUGUCAUAGAAGUGAAAAAGGCACCCAAGGAUGGCCAGGAUGUCAUCAUGUCAGAAGAAACUGGAGAUGAACGGAAGGAAGACGCUUCAGACGGGAAGGUGGCUCUUCCGAAGCCGGAGGGCUGCAGCGAGUCUGUCUGUCCGACUGUCUACGUCACCAAAAACCACAGCAACUUCAUGGAGCUGCUGCUUCCAAGUCGUAGAAGCGUGUGUCACUUGACCAAGCUAUGUGGAGAUCCUCGAACAUCCGGCAGGCAGCUCAUCAGGCCCAUUCUUGGGUAUUUCAACGGUGACAACAGCGCCAACAAGAAGAUCAAGAACUUCGCUGUCCCACUUUUUAAGGUCAGACUCUACUCCGCUGAAGAGGAAGAGAAGGGCAUCUCUCCGUGCGAUCGUGAGUACCAGGCCUGUGUCAGACUGCCUGAUGAGUACAAGGACAUACCGGAGCCAAAUAACAAAGAGCUGAGCAUAUUUACUGCCAGUAAGGGUCUUCACGGAUACGGCAUCGCCGUGAGGGGCCAUGUCUCCGAGGCUGUCGCAUCAGAAGCAACUUCGACCUUGAUGCAGACACUCGACAAGGAAAACGUCCCGUAUGAUAAGGCAAGUGAAAACUGCAGAUCUAUCCAAGAAUAA